CGUCUUGUUGAUACUAAAGAAGUGAUACAUUUAAUCAAUAUGUUUAAAUAUAUGUCAGUCAUCGUCGCCGUAGUUUUUUUCUGGUUGCGACUAAAGAAUGUUGACGAUUUUGUCAUAAAUUCUUGUUGGAUCAUAGCUCAAAUGAUUUCUUCUAUAUAUACAUUUGUUUGGGAUGUAAAAAUGGAUUGGUCUUUAUUGCAGAUUCAUUCUUCUAAUUAUUUGUUAAGAGAUGAACUAGGAUUUAAAAACCAAUAUGUAUAUAAGAUUGCCAUCGUUAACAAUUUGAUCCUAAGGUUUUCUUGGCUUCUGUAUUUAUUUUACACUGACAUUUAUUUAAUGGGAAUUAUAGUAGCUUGCUUAGAAGCUCUGAGACGUUUUUUAUGGUGUAUCAUCCGUGUUGAAGAUGAGCACGUCGCUAAUUGUAAAGGAUACCGUGCUAUCAAAGAAAUACAUACACUCUUCGUCUAUCCUGAUGAUAUAAUCGAAUCUAGUAGUGAUACAGCAGGUGUAGACGAAAAAUUAGAAGCUAAAAAAUCAAAAUUUGAUUUAAUAAUGAAAGGGUGGGUGAACCGAUCUAUGAGCACAAGAUUUAGCAGAAGUAAUAGAAUGAGGGAUUUUAACCCAAGACACGAAACGAAUGAAGAUUCGUAUAAUAGCGACGAAGAAUAUGAUGAUGAUUACGGUGAUAUGAAUGGUGAAAGAAAGGUACCGGUGUCAGGAAUAUAUGCAAGCAGAAGAAUACCUACAUACAUUGACAUAGAAAGCGGGAGAGGAAGCUAUGCAUCAUCAAGUUAA